CCCACACUCUAACAGAACACAUGUUGUAUCUCUGAGGCCAUAUCAGCGAUCAAGUACCCUCACAUAUCUCACACGCCUCACACAGCUUGAGCUUUGGUGGUGCAUUACUCGUAGCCAGCCAGCCUUGCACUCUUUCCUGACUUCCCGCGAUGUCGAAGACAGUACAACCAUAUGUUCUAGCAGCGGUCGCAAGAUGCCUAGAUUCAGGCGAAUAUUCAGACCUCACUAUCACAUGCGGAAGUGACGUACACAAAGUGCAUAAAGUGAUAGUCUGCACUCAAUCCGACUUCCUUGCAGCCGCUAUCCGAUUCGGGGGCAAAGAAACUAAACAGGCGAACAUCAAACUUCCCGACGACGAGUCGACAGUUGUCAAGUUGCUUGUGAAAUACUUUUACACUGGCGAUUACAAAUGCGAAUUAGAGAGAACUUCUGAGGGAAAAUCUCAUCAGAGCAAGCCCAGUUCGUCCUAUACCCAAAACUUUCCACACACCUGUGAUGGAUAUUAUUGUGAAGCUUAUCUCUGUCCUCAUCAUUCAUGCGAAACCCACUGCAAUGGCAGUUGCACGAACUUCAACUGCCAGUAUUGUUCUAGCGAAACGCUCAACUUUUUAGCUAAGGGUCUUCUGAUUCACGCGAAGGUGUAUGAACUUGCCGAUAAGUACAACAUCGUGGGCCUGAAGGAAUUGUCUAAAGGGAAAUUCGAAAUUGGGUGCAGCGCCUUUUGGGAUACAGAUACUUUCCCAGUUGCUGCGCAGUACGCGUUUUCGACAACGGUGGAAGAAGACAAAGGUCUGAGAGAUAUCGUUAUCUUCACUAUCGCUACCCGUCCACAACUUAUAAAAAAACCGGAAAUUCAAGUUCUCUUGAAAGAAUUCGGCAGCUUGUCUCUCGGGGUCUUGUUGAAGAAGGCAAGUGAUCAUCGCUGCUCUCUGAUUUCAGGCCUCUACUCCGACCUCAAAAUAAUCUGCGGCCCGGACUCCCACGCCGUUCACAAACUCAUCGUCUGCCCCCGCGCCGAAUUCUUCGCUCGAGCACUCAAAUUCGGCGGUCAAGAAGCCGAAAAAAGCGAAAUCAACCUCCCAGAAGAUGAUCCAUUGAUAAUAAAACUCCUACUUCAGUACCUGUACGAAGGCGAUUACCACCUCUUCCCUUCCCCUUCACCUUCCCCUCCCCUCACACCCAUCAUCCACCCUAUUAUCAAAAACCGCCCAACCCACACCCCAUCCGGCCUCCCCUACACGUACGACUUCCCACACACCUGCCGCACCCCCCUAACCCCACACUCCAUCUGCCCGCACCACACCUGCAUUUACGCCACCUCGUCUCAAUCAGGAACUUGCAGCUACGCAUGCCGCUCCUUCACCUGCUCCUUGUGCACCCCGGCCCCAUCACCACCAGCCUACGCCGGCGCACCCGCAGACCUCCUGCUACACGCACAACUCUAUGCGGUGGCUGAGAAAUAUCAAGUCAGCGGGUUGAAACCACUCGUUACCCGCAAAUUCUCGAGCGCUUGCGAGAGGUUUUGGGGGGACGACGAGUUUGUGAGCGCAGCACGAUGUGUGUUUGCGAGUACGCCGGAGAGGGACUGGGGGUUGCGCGGGGUUGUUACGAAGACGCUAUUUGAGCAUUUGGGGGUGUUGAUUGGGAGGGAGGAGGUGGAGGAGUUGGUGGGGGAUUGUGGGGAGCUGGCGGUUGGGUUGUUGAAGAUGAGUGUUGGGGUGGAGGGGUGUGCGUGUGUGAGUACGCCGGGGACGUCGGUGGAUGGGUCGUCAGGAGGGAUGCCGUCGCCGAUGUAGAUGUGGGGAGAUGGGCUUAGUGGUGUUUUAGAAUCAAGAGUUAGAUUAUUUUUAAUAGAGAGGAGGAAGUGAAGGCGUUGAUUGCUGCGAUUUUACGUUGUAGAAGGCAUGUAGAAUAGAC